CCGCCGGCGAGGAGCCGCGCUCCGGUAGGUAGGCAGCUAUGGGCGGGCACGGCGGGCUGAACAUCCUGCCGCAAAAGCGCUGGAACGUCUACAGGUUCGACAACCAGGAGAAAGUCCGCGUCGACGAGGCCGAGGCCGCCCGCCAGGACCAGCUCGAGCGAGAGGCCACACGCCGCCGCGAGUCCCACUCCCGCCUCCUCGCGCUCCGUCGCAACCGCGGCCUCCAGGCCGACUCGCCCUCUCCUCCUCGUGCCUCGUCGCCCCCACCCCAUGCCUACCCGGUCGCCCCGUCCCCACCCCCCGCCACACCGUCCGCGGAUCCCUCCCCCAUCGUCUCCGACGGCGGACACAUCAACCUGUUCUCCGGCGGCGGUGGCGCAGCUGAUUUCGCCGCGCUCGCCUCUGCUAACGGCGGGAGGGGCGCAGCUCGGGAGCGGGAGCCUGCUGCCGACACUAAGCCGAACCCUAAGAAGCGGAAGAAGGAGGAGGAAACCAGGACGGCGGGGCCGGACGACGAAAAGUACAGGCUGGGUUAUGGCCUCGCCGGGAAGGGUGUGGCGGCACCCUGGUACAUGUCGAAGCCCUUAGCGUCCUCUUCUAAGCCGAGGAAGGACUGCGAGGAAGGGAGAGAAGGGAAGAGGAAUGGUGGGAAGAAGAGUAUAGAGGAGCUUAGAGAGGAGAGGAGAAAGAGAGAGGCCAAGGAGAAGGAACGCGAGCGUGCCUUGCUUGCCGCUACAGCAAGGAAGGGAAGGCAGCCAGAGCGGGAGCGCUCGUCCAGGUAUGUGCGACGAUGAGGGUUCACACAUAUUGUGUGCAGGAUUUGCAAUGGAUGUCGAUUCAAGGGGUAAUUGUCGAUCCAGAGCUAGAGCAGCAGGAUACUUGCUGGACCUAAUGGUUCUUAGGGUCGGCUCUGUUUGGCAUAGUAGAACUGCUUCAAUUAAGAACAGAUGGAGCACAAACAUGUCCAGCUGAUGCCAUUAGCGUUUGCAUUUGCCAAUUCUUGUGGCCGCCAUUGCUGCUCCAAUUCUGCCAAUCAAAAAAAAAAAUCUGACAAAGGCUCUCCAAUUAAGAACAACUGCGUCAAUGAAGACCAAAUGGAGCACAAGUAUGGUUAGCACGGUCAAAGAAGGCAAGGUCAAUGAGCUCCGGCUAGCUAGCGGUAAGAGGCGGAGGACGCAACAGCCAACAGAGCGGACGAGAAGACAGAUACCAUGGAGGCGAUGGCGGCUGUUUGUAGAUUGAUGCAGGAGAAAGUCACUUGUGGAAGAGACAACCCUGAGGACGAAUCAGGGAUGACGGUUCGAACCUAGGCGCAUAAGCUUCCAUCCCUGCUGAACCUUUUCUCUUUUUGGGCGAACAAAUACCCUUUUGGUACCAGAAAUGAGGGGUGGUGCAGUGGGCUGAACCGGACCCCGUGCAUUCCUACUUUGUUUCAUUCACAACUUUUAGUUACAAAAGAGCUUUUAAAAUCUGUCUCCCUUCACUAUUUUCUACUCCCCACCAUCCCCAUUUGUAGAAUCAUUGUUACAUGGUGAAUAAGUCCAUAUAGAGUGCUAAUUUACAUGUGCGUAUGAAAAUUAGAUGUUUUUACUUUGUGUGCAA